ACCCUCGUGUCCAAUCAGCGACGAGUUUUAUGAUGACGCCUUGGGAUUCCGCGAAGUAGUUUCUUUCAGAACAGAAGAGAUGACAGCGGCACAGAGUUGACGCACUUAAGAGGAUAGAAGUACGCAAAGUUCCACGCUUUCUGAUGUGGUUGAAAUAAUAUUGGGAAUAGGCACCUGGAUGUUUAUUCGAUAACUUGUGCGUGUAGACGCAAGCGACACACGCUUUUAUCCUUCGCUUGGAACCAUUAAUCAUCCCAGUCACAUUGGGAAAGACACGUGUAGGCGUGAAGCCACGUUUUCCGGAGUCAUCCGUAUCCCGAUGCGCAUAUGAUGAGAAUCCCGCUCCCUAAGUUUUAGUGUGUUUAAGUUACAGUAGCAGCUGAUUUCUCCAUUUACAGGACAUUUUGGGUAGGCUAACUACAAUGACGGAGGCUGAUACUGCAGCAAGGUCCUUGGGGCCGGUCUCAGACAAACUAGCCGGCGAGGAGGGAUCUGAAGAAAGUCAAGAGAGCCGGACUCUGUUAAUGGUCGCAAAGAUUCUGCUGGACUUAAAUCAGUGUAUCCCGAGCGGCAUCAGCGGCAAAUGCAUAGUGAACAGUGAUGCGGACAGUCCACCCGGCGUGAAGGAAAACCGGGAGAAAUGCAGACAGAGCGCGAGCAGGGGGAAAAGGACACGGAACCGCGACAGACUGCGUGUAUCCGCUGAGAAGAGACACUGCUGUCCCUAUGCUGGCUGUGGGAAAAUAUACGGCAAAUCGUCCCAUCUUAAGGCGCACUUCAGAGUACACACCGGUGAGAGGCCCUUUCAUUGUACCUGGCCAGGCUGCGCAAAGAAAUUCUCACGGUCGGAUGAACUGACGCGACAUUUUCGCACGCACACCGGCGAGAAGCGCUUCACGUGCCCGCUCUGCGACAAAUGCUUCAUGCGAAGCGAUCACCUCACCAAGCACGCCCGCAGACACGUCGGCUUCCACCCCAGCAUGCUCCAGGGUCCCACCGGGCGAAGACGACACUCUUCAACGUCCACAUCGUCCUCUGGCUCCAGCGAUCACGUGUCUGCUGGUGUUUGAGCAACCACGUGACCCCCACUCCACAUUUUGGAUGUCUCUCGUUCCUGAGGCUCAUAUCUCGGAGCUUCUGUUAUUGAGCUGAUGAUAUAAGAUAACAGAGGUGUUACAUAAUGGAGACGUACAAAAUAUGCUGUGCUGGAGUUCUCCAUGGACUUCUCAAUGGAAUGGACAGAAAUCAUUAGGCAGAAACAAUGUAAUGAACGAGGAUUAUUUCAAAUAUGUAGGGGUAUUUAUAUCACAUGUCACAAAUAUGACAUUGAUUUCAAUACAGAGGAGCCAGGGGAUUUAUUAGACACUCACUGUGACAAGGGAAGUGAACAUAUUCUGAAUAAAACUAUAUUAUGCGUGCUGAAACCAAGACACAUUUUAUUGAUCAUAUUUGGCAGUGGUCCAGUUAUUAGAAGUGGGUUUUAAAAUAAUCACUAUGAAUGUUUUUCGGUUCUUUUGUGUUAUUUACGGGGACAGCGGUUGACUUCAGUGUUGAAGAUGGUAUUUGUAUGAUAUUAAAAUAGAUGGGUACUUGUGAGAUUGACUUUGCAUAGUGUGAGGUUUUACGCACACAAACAAGCUUUUGUGUGUGUUUUUAAACAACCGUAAUUAUUUGCAUAUUCUAAUCAGUUAUGCAGAAGAAUGUAACUUAUUUAAUGUACAGCAUUGAAAAUACUCUUUAUUCAGAACACUAUUAUAAUUUCUUUUUGAAACUUUUUUUUUUAUCAGCUUUCACAAGUGAUGUAGUGAGACUUAACAAAGUUGACUCAUUAAUAGUUUAACACCGCCAUCUAUAGGUUUGUUAUGGGAAAACACAAACUAAAAGCUGUGAAAACGACAGAACAAAGAUUGUAUAUUUCUCCCACUACCUUUGGUUUUAUUAGCAGCCUAUAGUAUUUACAAUCAGUCAAUGAACUUGAGUAACAUAAUCUUUUAUUAGUUUUGUGAAUGGGUUUUUUAUUUUCAUACAAGUCCCACUUGACUUCAGAAGUCUUUCCACUGUUCAGCUGUUUACUUGAAAUACUUAAUGAAAUUUGAAUCUAGAUUGAGUUUGAAUCUACCGUAAUGAUCAGCCAUUGUGCUUUGAAAGACACAAGCACAAACUGAAUUGUACAUGUGAAUCAACAAUCAGUGCAUCUAUUUGAUCUUUAUUCAAUAACAGUUAUAUAGAUUUUUAUAUUUUAUGUUAUGAUAACAGAUGUUUGUCUUUUAUUGUCACAUAGUAUCUGUGCUAAUUUAUUUGUUUAGUAGGUUGUGAGCCUGAAUUCAAGAAGCAGGUUAUUUGAAACAUACUGUCAUUGUAAAAAUGCUCAACCUGUGCCUUGUUUUGAGCUUAAGAACUCUUAGAUUGAAGAAUGUAAUUAGCAAGUUACUGAGAAGUACUUAAUUUACAAAACUCUUCUCAGUUGUUUAGUGUGAAUGCAAGUGUUGUGAUGUGUAGAUCUGUGUCUUACAGACCUUGAGCCACUACCGUUGUACAUACAGUACAUGUGCUGUACUUUUCCAUCAGUAUCAUUUAUGCAACAUUCAACUGCUUUCAUAACCUGUAAAUGAUGUACGGUAUAUAGAGGAUUAAUUAAAACAAAGAAAGGUGUAA